CCUCCCCUCCUGCGCAGGCGCAGUGCCUCCUCAGGGCAUGGAGGUGGUGGGUCUGCUGCUGUGUGUGGCGGCGGCGGUCCUGACAUGGGGCUUCCUCUGGGUUUGGGACUCCUGGGAGCGAAUGAAGAGUCCGGAGCAAGCUGGCCUGCCGGGAGGCGGAAGCCGGACUCUGUUGGUGACCGCGCACCCCGACGAUGAAGCCAUGUUCUUUGCUCCCACCGUUCUAGGCUUGGUCCGCCUGCGGCACCAGGUGUCCCUGCUCUGCUUCUCCGCAGGAAAUUACUACAAUCAAGGGGAGACUCGUAAGAAGGAACUUCUGCAGAGCUGUGAUGUUUUGGGGAUUCCACCCUCCAACGUAAUGAUUAUUGACAACAGGGAUUUCCCAGAUGACCCCGGCGUGUGGUGGGACACCGAACGGGUGGCCGACGUCCUCCUCCGGCAUGUAGAGGCCAGCCGCAUCAACCUGGUGGUGACCUUUGACGCGGGAGGUGUGAGCGGCCACAGCAACCACGUGGCUCUAUAUGCGGCUGCCAGGACCCUGCACGCACAAGGGAAGUUACCUAAAGGGUGCUUGGUGCUCACGCUUCAGUCUGUGAACCUGCUGCGCAAGUACCUGUCACUGCUGGACCUGCCCUGCUCCCUGCUGUGUGCCCGCGAUGCCCUCUUCCUGCUCAGCCGCCGAGAGGCGGCCCAGGCCCAGAGAGCCAUGUCCUGCCACCGCAGCCAGCUGCUCUGGUUCCGCCACCUCUAUGUGCUCUUCUCCCGGUACAUGAGAAUCAACUCUCUGCACUUCCUCUGAGCCGGGAAGGGCUCUCAGACCCAAGGAACAGAGAGAAAAAUGGCCAGGGAGCCCAGGGUGUGUCCGGAGCGGCUCAUCUCCCUGAGACAAGGAGAUCCCAGCAUAAGACUGCGUCCCGGGCCCGUCUCCUCCAAGCUGCCCGGCCUCUAAGAAAAUGGAGGCCCUGCAGGCCACCGGCCUGUCCAGAAUUGAGCUUCUUCCUCUGGGGAGCAAAUCCACAACCAGCGGAACACACACCACCCGAGGACAACAGCCACCCUGCUGGCUUCUCAAGCUCUUGUGCAAGACAGUUUACAUAAUGCACAAUGUAUGUCAACCCCCUAACACAGACACGCAAUUGUCGUAAAUGAAUGUAAAGUGCUCUGAAAUCCCUUCUUAAAUGCAAUGUAUUUUUACGUUGUUUCCAAAGCAGCCUCAUCAGACAUAAACACACACAAAAGAAUGGUCUAGGGCUUCCUUGGUGGCGCAGUGGUUAGGAAUCCGCCUGCCAAUGCAGGGGACGCGGGUUCGAGCCCU